ACUUCCUGACCACCAGCGUCCAAACCCACACCUCUCGCCUUCUCUCUCUCUCUCUCUCUCGCUCCCUACCAAAUUAUUUUAUCAAUUUGUCUCAUUCCCAUCAAUUAUUUAAUAUUUCCUCAUCAUUUUAUUGGUAAAUGACUAAUUAACUAAAAGAUAUACAGGUAUAAAACCCCCCGUCGUGUGGGUCUGUCUGUCUGUGUGUCGUCAGGUAAACACAGACAUACAAAACAUUCCCUUUAAAUAGAAUGAAAAUGCAAUACAAAUACAAAACCAAUAUACAGUGAAGUGUUUUAAAGUGAUACAGAAAAAUACAAAAUACGUGACAGAAAUACACAUAAAAACUGUAUUUCUUUGUAUUUUGGUAACCAUAGAGUGACUGCCUCCAGGGACCGCGUGUGUAAAAUGCUAUCAAUUGUUGACGAAAAAAUACAAUAGUGAAAAAUAAAUAAUAAUAAAAUAAUAAUAAUAAAGUAAAUUAAUCAGUGGAAAAUAAACUAAUAACGAAUAAGAAAGUGAAGAAAAUAGAGAUAAUAAAGAAGAAAUUAAAGACAAGAGAAAUAGUGACUAAAAGUGAGUGAAAAAAUAAACAGUUAACGAAUGGAUAAGUGAAGAAAAUCAGAUAAUUAAGAAUAAACACUGGAGACAAUAAUUCGUAGAUAGAAAAAAAAUUGAUAACUAAAGAAUAAACAAAGAAAACAAAAGCAAAACCAACAAAUAGAAAACAAGAGAAAACAAAAUAGUGAUUGAUAAAAAUGAUAACGAAUGAAUAAUUGAACAAACACAAUAACAAAAGACAUAGAACGAUAAAGAGAAAACCCAAACAAGUGAUAGACAAACAUAUGACUAAAAAGUAAACAAGUAAACAAGAGAAAAUAAACAACAAUAAACCUUAAAAACAAGAGAAAAGUGAUAAAGAGAAAAGGACACCAUCUUGGAUUACCUACCUGGGUGAUACUGGGUCAAACAAGGUCAUCGAAUUUGACCUCUGACGUCAUGGAGGAGGCUCGCUGACCCUCGUAGGUGACCCCUCCCCCCUUCUCCAGCACCCCCCCCUUCAAGGUCAACAUCAUCUUUCUCCUCUACGCCAGGGCCGUCACCCCCUACCUCAGUACGGGUUGCCAUGUACGGCCUAUUGGUAGAGAACUUCAGUGAAUACAUCAAACAACAGUAUGGGGAGGAUAUGUGGGAACAGAUACGCCACCAUGCUAAUAUUGACCAGCCCGCCUUCAGCACCCACCGAGUUUAUAGCGAGAAUGUCUUACCGCGUCUCGUUAAAUCCGCCGCCAAGAUACUGGACGUGACCAACGAUGCCCUCAUGUUCCGUAUGGGAGAGUUCUUCGUCGAGUUCGUGGGUCAGUAUGGAUACGACCGAGUCCUCUCCGUCCUUGGCCGACACGUCAGAGAUUUCCUUAAUGGACUGGAUAACCUUCACGAAUACCUCAAGUUUUCAUACCCCCGCAUGCGGCCGCCGUCCUUCUUCUGCGAGAGUGAGUCGAGCACCGGGAUGAUUCUUCACUACCGCUCCAAGCGACGAGGGUACGCCCACUACACCAUGGGUCAGAUCACACAGGUAGCGCAUCACUUCUACAACACCAAGAUGGAGGUAGAGUUAGUGAGCGAGAAGUUUAUCUUCGACACCUCCCACGUGACCUUUCAGCUGACCUUCGACAACCAAGCCUUCUCUAACCAGGUCAGCCUCACCCUUAUCCGGGAAGAACAGACGCUACCACUUCGAGGCAACCUGUUGUUCGAGAUCUUCCCCUUCUGCAUCCUCUUCGGGAACAAGAUGGUGGUGAAGUAUAUCGGCAAUAGCAUGAUGCAGAUCUUACCAGAGCUCGUGGGGCAGAAACUCACGGAUUGGUUUGACCUGACUCGACCCCACGUUGCAUUUAAGUUUGAGAGCAUUCUCCUACGAACCAACAACAUCUUCGAGGUGGUGACGGUGGAGUCGGUGUUUGAGAAUAAUAAGAAGAAGAAGGAGAAUGGUAACGUACACGGUGACAUCCUUAACCUGUCCGAGGAAGAUGUAACUGAAAAGUCAUUCAAACUCAAAGGUCAGAUGGUGUACAUGGAGGACUGGAAGCUGAUCUUAUUCCUGGCUACACCUGUAAUGAAGGACCUCGACUCUCUUAUCUACUCCGGCCUCUUCAUCAACGAUCUCUCCAUGCACGACUUCUCCAGGGAUCUCAUACUAGCGGGGACACAACAGUCGGUGGAGCUGAACCUGGCGCUGGAGCAGGAGCAGCAGAAGAGUAAGAAGCUGGAGGAGUCGAUGAAGAAAUUAGAUGACGAGAUGAGACGGACGGACGAACUCCUGUACCAGAUGAUCCCCAGACAGGUGGCCCAGAGGCUGAGGAAGGGCGAGAACCCCGUCGACACCUGUGAGACCUUCGAGAGUGUGACCAUACUGUUCUCCGAUGUGGUGACCUUCACGCAGAUCUGUAGUCGCAUCACGCCCAUGGAAGUGGUCUCCAUGCUCAACGCUAUGUACUCCAUCUUCGAUAAAUUGACGGAGAAGCACAAUGUGUAUAAGGUUGAGACGAUAGGCGACGCGUACAUGGUGGUAGCCGGUGCCCCAGAGAGACAGGCUAACCACGGGGAAAUGGUCUGUGACAUGUCAAUGGAUAUGGUUGAGGCCAUUACUGAACUCACCGAUCCCUCUACUGGUAACCACUUAAGGAUACGUGUAGGGGUGCAUACAGGCAUGGUGGUGGCAGGAGUGGUCGGCCUCAAGAUGCCUCGCUACUGCCUCUUUGGUGAUGCCGUCAACACAGCUUCGAGGAUGGAGUCCACGUCGGAGGCCAUGAAGGUGCACAUCUCCCAGACGACGAAGGAUAUGAUCUCCUCCAGAUACCACGUCGAAGAGCGAGGCGAGGUCACGGUCAAGGGGAAAGGUAUUAUGAAGACCUACUGGUUGACUGACUGCGAGGGGCGGCCGUCAGUAAAGGGUCAAGUCACACUACCUCAGUCCAUCGUCGCUCAGGACGUGGCAGACCAACGGCGUGGCUCCAACGUCUCGAGGAACUACUCACCCAUUACCUUCGAGGACGUGGCCCGCCGCUCCCUCACCAACACUCCAACACCCUCCCUCACUCCUGCCGCAGCUGCACUACCACCACCACCCACCAAUCAGAUACCGCCACCCACGCCCACCACCAAUAAUCAGAUACCCCAUCCACCGCCACCCACUGCCGCCCAUCAGAUGCAGCCGCCCACCGCCAACUCUCAUGUGGGUCCUCUCGAGGUGUCUAAGGGCGGCCCAGAGAAACCCAGAGGCCGUACUUACUCCAACGUGGGCUUCUCUAACUCAGCACUGCCCAUCAUCGACGGCCUGACGAAGCCCUCCCCGACGGAAGAGGCCCAGGUACAGAUACCCACCGCGCAGGAGCUGAUGGAGAGGGUCAGGAGCACCACCCACGAGAAGCCUCCUCCUACCAGCCUCAACCACCACCACCAACAAAACUUCAACCACAAACCUUUCGUCAAUAACACCAGCAACCCAACACAACCACAGAGACAGAACACACCGCUACCAGACGUCCUCAUCGACAACCACUACACCCACAACGAUACUAAGACGGGCCUCAAACUGCCGCACGAGGUGGUGAAGGUGGUGACGCCACUCAACGAUAGGGUGGUGCAUGUCGGAGGCAGCGUCGAGAUGGUAGACCGAGGGACAUCACCGGUCGUGGCUCACACCUCCACCUUCACCACCAAGAGCCGCAUACAGAGCCACACCUGCAUCGUGCUCUAACACCUGUACAUACUGUACACACAUACACACCUGUAUACACACACACACAGCUAUACAUGAUGGUAGCAGGCACACCUCUUGGGCAGUAUAGCGUCGUGUAGCACAAGUAUGGACGAUCCAAUGCCAUAUAUAGCACAUGAUAUAAAGGCUAUACGUGUUAUAUCUCAGUGUAGUGUACUUGUGGAUGAUAUCAGGUGGCACUCUUGUGGAUGAAUGAUAUCUUUAUAUAGCCACACUUACAGAGGAUAUAGUCGCCCAGUAACUCGUGUAUGAUAUAUCGUAUAUCGUCCCACUCGUGGAAGACAUACCGAUAUGUCGCCUUAUAGUAACACACACACCCACCUGUAGAAGAUAGCCUGUGGUUAUGGCACACCUGUAGACUAAUCUAAUGAAACAGAACACGUGUUGACGGUCUUCAUGCCGUCUCAACAUAACACAGGUGUUGCCCAGGUUAAUUAACUCACUUGUCACCUGUAAAGGGAGAUAUAUCCCCUAGAGUUACCUGUAUUAUACGUCUAAUAGGUGUAAACAGAUGUAAACAAUAGUUCUAAACCUCACUUGGGAUUAUACAUAUACAUAAAUAAUGAUCAUCAGUGCAAAAUAUGAACCAGGAAGGUAUACAUUUUACAUAUACCUGCGUCAGGAAUGCGUCCAUAUUAUUAUUAUAUACCUGCUUUUAUCACCCAUUCAUAGCUCUCGGUACUCACGACCCGUCAAGGUGCGGUACCGAGAGAAGGUUAGUGUAGAGAUGAAGGUAAACAAAAAGACAACAAGUGUGUUUGUAUUCUCAUCCAUGACUUUUGUUUUGUUUAUAAUUUUGCAAUAAUCAAAAGACUCUCACCCUCCUCCCCUCUCUCUCUGCCUCUCCUUCUCUCUCUCUGUCCCUCCCACUCUCUAUCUCUGUCCCUACCCCCUCUCUUUGUCCCUCCCACUAGCUACCUCUCUGUCCCUCCCACUCUCUAUCUCUCUCUGAACCUCCCCCCCUCUCUCUGUCCCUCUCACUAAUCCCCUCCUCUCUCCUCCCUCUCUGUCUCCAUCCCAACCCCCUCCCUCUCAUUGUAGUCUAACUCCCAGGGCAUUUAAUUUAUUCGCUGUUUGAUGCAGUAUAUAAUAGAGUAGCGAUUAUGGCGUAGUGUAGCGGCAGCAUCUCAAAGACCUGGUUGAUCCAGGUGUAAAAAACGACUAAUUGCUUUUUAUUUUUAAUUAUUUUUGGGGGUCAUUAUUAAACUGGUUCCCUAUCGUUAUGUUUACAAAGACUCGAGAUAUAUAAUGACUGAACCACGGCGCCGGAAUGACUGAUCAACUGUCUAAACUGGUGGACAUAUAUACCAGUCACAAACCAGUUCCACGUCUCGCCUACCAAGAGUUAAAUGAUCAGACGCCAUUAUCCAGUCAGUCUAUACCUGUUGGCCCAUUACUCAACAUGACAUCAGGGAACCAGGACCAGCGCUUACGUGAAGGAUAUUCUGUUUUCCCCUUUAGUGUAUGGUAAAAAAAAAUGUAUAUUUAAUGUAUACAUAGACUAAGACAAACUUGUAUUUAUUUCUAUUGAUGUUUGAUGUAUUGUGGUAAGGAGUUUCACUUAGGGAGCCUUUUUUAGCAUUAAGUAUACUUAUACAGUACAUAUGAGGGUUGAUCCAAUGUAUAUACCAACCAUGUAUAUUAAUUAAGAACCGUACCUACACCAAUGGCAUUUAUAUAUAGAUAGAUAGAUAUAUAUAAACAUUUUUAGCUAUACGAUGUUUGUUUGUUUGUUUGUAUGUUUGUUUGUUUCGGUGUGUAGUUGUUAAUUAUCUAAGACAAACUCACUUAAACACGGAAAAAAACACAUAUUUUCGCUCAAACACAAAAAAAAAAUGAAUUUUAUCUUAUUCAAAAACACUGCCAAAAAACCCCACCAAUAUUGUUUUAACAUUAGCAGCAAUUCUCUUUACCCUUUGAGGACGAUGGUUUAGGCUAUAAAAAUUAAACCAACUUCAUCAAAGGGUUAAAACUUAAACCAUCGUCCUCAAAGGUUAAAACUUAAACCAUCGUCCUCAAAGGUUAAAACUUAAA